UUGCUUUUUGUAUUAUUGCAGUAUUAGAUGUCUACUUAACAGUUUUAGUUUCAUGAAGUUUCAUUGUCCAUCAUUUUACCAUGAUCGUUUUAUGAAGACCAAAAUCGAGAUGUCUUUGAACCAAAAGACAGAUACCAAAACAAACGACACCUACUUGAAAAUGCCUCUGGGAGAGAAAUGCGAGUUCAAGGCCUAUCAUGAGACUAUAAAACAUGGUCUAAGCUCUACCGAGCCUACCCCGGAUCCCUUUAAUAAAGACGCCUCUCGUGACGAAGAUAGUGGCUAUGCUUUGGUUAUCAGGAGGAAGUUCCAGGAGAAUAAGCCAGACAGGACUACAUUACAAGUGAAUUCUCCACAUAUCCUGAAAGCCUUCCGCGAAGUAGUCAAAUCAUAUCUUGCUGUGCCGUCCGAUUUUACCUCUGCUUUCGAGCUGCACAGCCCGUUCGAAAUGCUAGUUCAUUAUUGGGAUGAAUUGCAUAACUAUCGAAAAUGGCAGACAGACGCCAUUGUACAGGAGCAUCUUGACCUUCUGCUAAAAUUCAUGGAUCAUGAAAUUGGACCUGAUCUUGAGCUUGCUCGCAAUAUGGUUCAAAAGCAGCAGAUCAGCUAUGAUAAUGCCUGGAUUAUCUUUCGUCCUGGAGACCUUAUGUAUACGGAGAUGAACGGCCAUUCUUGGCUUUUGGUUUGCCGGAAGACAGCGUAUGAGGAGAACAUGGACAUCGGUCCUUACCUCGAAGUUCACUGUACCUACACAGACGAUAAUGGCAUGUUUGUGGGCCAGGCUACACAUGUCGUCAGCUUGAACCAGAGGAUUAAGUUUCCCGCCGGAAAUCCGGUCCCGAUUACUGAUCUAGAAAUUUACCCGCGUAAAUUUGUUAACGAAGGCGAAAGCCUUGAGCGCCGCAUUAAACUCCGCGGAGAAAAAUUCCUGGCAUUGAUGGACAAUUCCACGGUAGCUUACGAUGGUGCCGCCGAAUGGCUUAAAGAGCCGCCCUUUGAUUUCUAUGACCCGUCACAAACCAAAUUUCGCGGAGUAUGGCUCCCCUACACUGAAAAUGGCCGGGUAGUCCUAGAUCGAAAGACCUUCGGCGAGGAGCAGCCAUUAGGUAAGGCUCGUGUUAAGAGGAUGGACCCCGAGGCCAUACACUGCCCACCAUAUACUCUUGGAUAUUCACUCGGUCGUAAACAAUGGUGUCGAUUCUUUGUUGACUGCAUCAGCGACGUGGAAUGGAGCUCAAGCGCGUGGGAUUCCUUGGUGCUCCCGGAUAAGGAGAAACAUCUACUUCGAGCUCUAAUCUCGUCUCAUGCGUACUCAAGAAAGCCUCGUGAUUCUAUGCAACAGAAAGGAAAAGGGCUUGUCGUUCUGCUCCAUGGAACACCCGGCUCUGGGAAGACACUAACUGCUGAGACGGCCGCGGAGGGAACUAGGAAGGCUCUUGUGUCUACUUCGGUUGGUGAGCUGAGUAAGGGUGGGAGUUUCAUUUCUGGAUCGGCAUCAUUUGAGAAGGAGCUCAAAAAGGUUCUUCAAUAUGCCACGAUCUGGCAAGCGGUUGUCCUUCUCGACGAGGCCGAUGUGUUUCUAGAGGCUCGGAAGGAUGUUGGAAGCACAGAACGAAAUUCCUUAGUUGCAGUAUUUCUCAAGGAACUUGAGUACUUUGGUGGCAUAGUAUUCCUGACGACUAACCGCGUGAAUUCAUUCGACAUCGCCAUGAAAUCAAGAAUCCAUCUAUCUCUUAGCUACGUGCCACCGGAGAUCGAGGUGCGCCGACGCAUCUGGCUUCACUGUCUCAAAAAUGUGCCAGCGGAUGCUUUAGAGAUAGAUGUGGAUAAAACAAUCGACUUUUUAGUUACAGUCAAGCUUAACGGAAGAGAAAUCGCAAACGCUAUGAAUACAGCAAGGACAUUGGCUCGGUUUGAUGGUGCACCUCUAAGGCUUGAUCAUAUUGAGACCGUUCUGGAAGUCCGACGAGGCUUUGACGAGAGUCUGAGGAGUGGAGGUUCGUCUUGAAGAUAUCAUAAAAUUGCAUGGUUGAUACCGUAUGCUACGUAGCUGUUGUCAAAUCUUAUAUUAUCAUUAUCAUUAUCAUGCGUUUUGGGCAUGAAUGUAAACCAUACUUAUCAA